UGGAAGGAGUGCAGGGGGCGGAUCCACUGUGAGAUGGAGACGAGAGAACAGGGCGCGAAAAGCUUCAAAAAGGAGACCGUGAACAAACUGCUCCAGCUCCACUUCAAAGAUGACAAAACACGAGUCAAUGGUGAUGCUCUGUUGCUGGUGGCAGAAUUGCUCAAAGUAUUUGUUCGAGAAGCAGCAGCACGAGGAGUGCGGCAAGCUCAGACUGAGGACCUGACCAGGGUGGAUGUGGAGCACGUGGAAAAAGUGCUGCCGCAGUUGCUUCUGGACUUCUAGAAACCUGAUGGUGCAAAGCCUGCAUUCCUUUUACCAGAGAAACCUUUUGCCUGACACCUGGAGCAAAGCGGACCACAGCCUUGUACAUGGAUUCUGUUCCAAUGUGACUUGACUUGCGGAAACAAUAGCCUUGUUAGAUCUCCUUCCUCCUGCAUCACCACUGUUUGCCAGCUCUCUUCCUGGGUACCCAGUGGCUGUCAAACGUUGGCUGAACGGGCUGGGCUUUCUCUUUCUUCUUCUUGUGACAGAAUGCCUGGAGCAGAUGGCGCCUCGCCAUCUGAGGCUAUGCCCUAUCCUGCUGCUUCCCAUUCACAACCAGGCCGAGUCUUCACUUUCCCGAUGGGAGAAACAGGUGCCUUCCUGUAGGGGUGUGUGGAAAGAGUGAGUAUGCCUGGAAGCCUUCCCCGCACUGUGGGCUCUCAUCACCUCAGCAGGCGUUUAAAGGCCAGCUCCAGACCUGUCUGCUGUCUGAGCUCUUAAACAGGAGCCCAGCCCCAGGUCUAUGCCAACAGCAGGUACCUGAUCUUUAUUUUAUAAAUAAACACUGCCUGUCCCUCAAUCCUUUCCAGCAUUCCACUGGGGCCAUGACAUCAAAGAGUGCUUGGAACCUUUUAACCAUUUGAUAUUCCUCUCAGAAGCUGCUUCCCUCUGCUAUAAAUUUGUUCUCACAAAGAAACUUCAAUAAAUCAAAAAUAGUCUCCCUCCCUUGUGCGGGCUCCUUGUUGCAAUUAAUCAUAGAAAGUCAAGUCGCUUCAAAGAGUUGUUUGGCCUCCCUUCCCCCCGCCCGCCCGCCCCCUCUUUGUAGGACGAAAGAAAAACUUUUAAAAAGGGGCAGAAUAACAAACAGCAUGUGUGAGGAUCCCACAUCACGCACGGCCCAGCCCCUCCGUCAGCAGGGGAGGGGGAAAGCUAUGAAAUAGUAAACCUCACACAUGGAGGCAGGGCGUAGUCUAAUGAGUCUGGUUCUGCUGUGAAAGAAAGGCUAGGCCUGCGGAGGAACAAGUAGAGGCAUCUGAAGGUACUGACGGCGAAAUCCUAAACAGGUCAACUCAAAGUAAGCCCCAUUGAGUUCGACGGGGCUUACUGCCAUCUUAGCACAUAUAGGAUUGCAGCCUGAGUGCCCAAUCAAAUCCCAGGAAGCCAUGGUACUGUCAGUUAGUGAUUAACAGCAAAGCCAAUUGAGGGGAGUAGCUUGCCAAGAAGGCAAGUAAAGUACCAACUGCUACAUGUUGGUAAUAAACAGGGACAAAAGACCACUGGCUUUAAUAUGCUGUGUUUGAAAUGCCCAGUGCUGCUUACUCUUGGAUACAGGAUGAGGGUUAGUCAGCUGUUACCUAAAGCUGACUUGAUGCUGCCAUUGUACAAGCCAUAGUUUGUAAACCAAGAGUGGACAUUCGGCUUUAACCGUGGUUUAGUGUUACAAUUGCGUUCCCAUCUUUAGAGUCUGAAAGCAGGAAUGGAAGGAGGUUUGCAAAUGACAGUUAGCAUUCUUGCAUAUUUACAUCGAACUAUGGUUAAAAGUACACAAAGGAAGCAAGGCGGGGGAUAUGCAUGCCAUGCCUUUCUUUCCAGUUACAAACCAUGGUUUAGGUGAGUCUAUUUGUCCAGAUGUGUUGGGCUGCAACUCCCAUGCUGCCUAGGAAUUAUGGGAGUUGCAGUCCAACACAUCUGGAGAGCCCCAGGUGGAGAAGGCUGGAAAUGUAUUCUGACUGGGAGCAGCUCUCCCGGCUUCCUCCAUUAUAUUAAACAGAUUUCAGGGAUUGAAUCUGUAGCCUCUCACAUGAAAAUCUUUGCUCUGCCAGCGAGCUGUGCUCUUUCGCCUA